AUGAGAGAGACCAGUGAAGAAGUCCAGCAGAAGAAUUCGACAAGUAGGUCUGACAUUCGUGAAAGCGGUGAUGUUAGCGAGCAAGGGAAGGAUGAAAACAUUGAAACGGUGGUUCAAGAAAAGCAGGAGAUAAUCGCAGAUCGUGACAAAAAUGGGAACCAAAAUAUCGGUACUGGCAAUGAGGAUGUCCAAGAAGAUGAUGAAAAUGACUCGAAAAUUAGUGAAUCGCAAAAAACAACAGCAAAUGAGAUUGUAAAAGGAAGCUCAAGUGAGCCUGAUCUGGAAGCUAGUAAAGCGGUUGAGCAGAAAGAAGAUGAUCCUGUUACGAAGUCCGGAGAGGAUGGUACCAAAAAGGACAAUGUUAUUAACAAUAAAGAAAUAAAUGAAACAACUAAAGAUGAAGAAAAGAUGAGCGAAGAAAAUAAAAAUGCUAACGAUGAAACUGAGACACAGGAGAAUAAUGGAGUCGCAAACCUCAAUGAAGAAGAUAACCCUGGGGAAAAAAUGGACAACAAUAUUGAAGGAGUAGCUAAGACGCAAGAUCCCAAAGAAGAAUCUGAGCAGACGGAGAACAAUGAAGGUGAUAAAAGUGAAAAUAAACUCCAUACAGAUGCUGCAGAUGACGGGAAAGAGGAAGGGAGAGACGUCAGUGCGGAGGAGCAUGAUAAAGGGGGAGAAGGUGAUGAUGCAAAAAAUGAUGACGCUGGGGUAGAAACAGGUUCUGAGAGUCAUGCAACUGGAGCUGAAGUUGAAGAACCAGCCGCUGAAAUCGGAUCGGGAAAUUCACGGAAAGAAACUGAGGACUUUAAGGAGGAGCAGACCAAAAAUGAAAGUAACUAUGACAACGAGAAAUUUGAAGGCAACGAGCCUCAAGAUGAAAAAGAGACAAAGGAAGUGGAAGGUGCAAGCGAAGUGAUGAAUACGGAACAGAACAAUAAUUCAAAAGAAGAAACCCAAGAUGGCGAUGGAAAUGAAGUGAAAGAGACGGAAGGUACAAAUGAGGAGAUGGAUAAGGAAGGUGAUAAGAGUUCCAGAGAAGAAGGAAAUGAUGAGACUGAAAAUUCUGGCGCAAAGGAUUCUGCCAAGGAGAGUGAUAAAGAAAAUGUCCAAAAUGAGAAAAGUUCCAAAAAGGAAGAAAAGGCAACUAAUGAGAAAUCAAAAAAACCGAAAGGCCAUGCGAAUAAAAAGAAGGAAGAAAAUCAAGCGAACUCUAAAAAAAGUGGUGCAAGCUCAAAGAAGGAUCACCAGAAAGCUAAUACAAGCAAAACUAAAAGCGAAAAAACCAGUAACAAUGAUUCCGGCAAAAAUAACAGCAGAGAAAAAAGUGGUGGGAAAGUCUACGGAGAUAAGCAAAUGGAUAAAGAGCAAGUCAGUGGUGUUGUUGAUAGACUGCAUACAACAAAAACAAAAAAUACCAAAAGCAAAAACGAGGAAACAAAGAAGGAGACGAAAAAGUUGCCCCAAGAAGAAGUUGAUCAAAUUGUUGAUCGAUUGCAUAAGACAAAGAAAGAUCCGGCUCAACGGAAGGAAUCUGGCUCAAAGCCAAAAAACGAUCGUCAGAUGUCGCAAGAAGAGAUCGAUUCACUGACGGAAAGGCUUGCCCGUAGCAAGGAUAAGACCGGACGGAGUGACCCAGCCAGGGUGACGGUUGUAGAAUCAAAGAGAUUCAAAGAUCUACCAAGUGAAGAUAGAGCUGCUAAGAUUGACGAAAUGGUGAAAAGACUGGCUGGAGGCUCUGGACCAGAAAGCAAGAGAGGAAUUACUGAGCCAUAUAAAAAGCAGGGAAUAUUUGGUACUUACCUUGCGAAUCAAAAUGAGUACUAUUAA